UACUGCUACUGCAGUGCUCCAGCCGGUGCCGGAGGCUGGCGGACAGACCGACGGACGCUCGCCGAGCGCCCCGCCCGCCGCCCGGCCCUGCCCACGCCGCCGCCAUGCGCUGCGCCGCCGUCCUGGCGCUCCUGCUCUGCGCCGGGCAAGUCACUGCCCUCCCUGUCAACAGCCCUAUGAAUAAAGGGGACACUGAGGUCAUGAAGUGCAUCGUCGAGGUCAUCUCCGACACCCUGUCCAAGCCCAGCCCCAUGCCCGUCAGCCAGGAGUGUUUGGAGACUCUCAGAGGAGAUGAGCGGAUCCUGUCCAUCCUGCGGCACCAGAAUUUACUGAAGGAGCUCCAAGACCUUGCUCUCCAAGGGGCCAAGGAGAGGGCGCAGCAGCACAAGAAGCACCGCAGCUUCGAGGAGGAGCUCUCGGAGGUCCUCGGGAGCCAGAGCGGCGAGGCCAAGCCCCAAGAGGUGACAGAAGAACCACCCUCGAAAGGUGCUGCAGAGAGAAGAGAUGCCCAAGAGGCAGAGCCGAGCCCCGAGGCCCCAGACACAGCCAGGCCCUGGGCCUUCCCUGAGCCUGGGCAGGGGGACAGCCAGGCCCCGGGGGAGGAGGCCCCUAACACCCAGCCACCAGCCAGCCUCGCAGGCCACAGGCGCUCGGGCCCGCAGGCUGUGGCGGACGGUGAGGGCCCCUCCCAGGGCCUGAGCACAGAACAAGGGUCGCAGACAGAGGGGGAAGAGGAGGAGGAGGAGGCGGCAGAGAAGGGUUCCCCGGAGGAGGAAGGCCCCACUGCAGCAUCUGAACCCCAACAGAGCCUCGGCUCCAAGGAGACACAGAAAGGCCAGAGUCGGUCUGCGGCUCUGGUGGUGGAUGGAGGCCCAAAGCUGGGGGCUGAGGAGGCCCGGCCCCCCGAGGGCAGGGGAGAGCGGCCCAGGCAGGAGGAGCAGGACGAGGAGGACGCGGCAGGGGCCCUCCGAGGCCAGGCCGGGAAGAGCGGGGAGCAGGAGCCGCGGCCCUCCAGGGAGUGGGAGGAGGCCCCGCGGUGGAGCAAGAUGGACCAGCUGGCCCAGGAGCUGACGGCAGGGAAGCGGCUGGACGGGGAGGAUGAGGAGGACGACCCCGGCCCUGACCUGGACCCCGACCGCUCCAUGAAGCUCUCCUUCCGGGCCCGGGCCUUUGGCCCCAGGGGGCCUGGCCUGCAGCUGCGCCGAGGCUGGAGGCCAUCCUCCCCGGAGGACAGUGUGGAGGCGGGCUUGCCCCUGCAGGCCCGAGGCUACCCCGAGGAGAAGAAGGAGGAGGAGGGCAGCGCCAACCGCAGGGCAGAGGACCAGGAGCUGGAGAGCCUCUCGGCCAUCGAGGCAGAGCUGGAGAGGGUGGCACACCAGCUGCAGGCACUGCGGCGGGGCUGAGGCGCUGGCCAGCCAGGGCCCCUGGCACCCGUGGGCCUGGCUCUCUUGUCCCCUCUACAGGUCCUGCCCAGACGGCCAGGGCGCUGCUUCCGGUAGGGAGGUGGCCUCUGGCAGCCCGGGCCACCCUGCCCUGCCAUGCUCCUUCCCCUCCCUCCUGUCCCGCCCUGGCCUCCUGUGGAGUGGCCACGCUCUCCACCCUGCUCUCUGAACACAGGCAGCUUUCUAGAAGCCCCUCCAUGUUCACAGCCCCGGGCACAGCGGCAAUAACUUCUGAGCUUUCGGUGAAAGCUGAAAACUCCUGACUAGAAUACGUUCUGUAUAGAGUUCAUCUAAGGAAAAAUAAAACCUGCUCUGGGCUCUUUC